AUGGCUUCCGUCAAACCGUUUCCAACCAUCAAAACCGUCCGGACCUUUGUGGUCGAAGGCGUCGGCUCCGGCGGUGACUACCACAACGUCAAGGGCGGUCACUGGCUCAUCGACAACAAGAUCGCGACGCCCAUGUCCAAAUGGGAGAAAUACCGAAAGUCUCGGACGUCCUUCGGUAUCAAUGUCCUGGGCUCUCUCUGUGUUGAGAUCGAGGCCACCGAUGGAACAAAGGGCUUCGCCACGGGCUUUGGAGGCCCUCCUGGAUGUUGGCUGGUUCAACAACACUUCGAACGCUUCCUCCUCGGCCGAGACCCUCGAGACGUCAAUGAUCUGUUUGAGCUCAUGUACAGAGGCUCCAUGUUCUAUGGGCGAAAGGGACUGCCGGUCGCCGUGAUCUCGGUCAUCGAUCUGGCUUUGUGGGAUCUUCUGGGCAAGAUCAGGAAUGAGCCCGUCUACAAGCUGAUUGGCGGUGCUACCAAGGAGAGAAUCAACUUUUACUGCACAGGACCUGCGCCGGCCGCUGCCAAAGACAUGGGAUUCAUCGCGGGCAAGGUGCCAUUGCCUUACAGUGCCGACGAACAUGACAGUUUAAGGAAGAACAUUGCCUUCCUGAAGAAACACCGGGAGGAGAUCGGCCCCGAGUUCCCCCUGCGGGUAGAUUGCUGGAUGUCUUUGAACGUCCCGUACACCAUCGAGCUGGUGAGCGAGGCGAAGAGGCAAAACAUCAACAUUGAUUGGUGGGAAGAAGUGCUUUCGCCAGAUGACGUUGACGGGUUCCAAUUGCUGAAGAGGGCACAUCCGGACACCAAGUUCACAACAGGAGAGCACGAGUACUCUCGAUAUGGAUUCCGCAAAUUGAUCGAAGGCCGAAAUGUCGACAUCCUCCAACCCGAUGUCAUGUGGCUUGGAGGGCUGACCGAGCUUCUCAAAGUCUCGGCCAUGGCCUCCGCAUACGACCUCCCUGUGAUUCCGCACGCCUCUGGGCCCUAUUCAUACCACUUCGUUGCCAGCCAGCACAACUCGCCUUUCCAAGAGUAUUUGGCCAACAGUCCAGAUGGGAAGAGUGUGCUGCCCGUGUUUGGAGAUCUGUUCUUGAACGAGCCCAUCCCGACAAACGGCUACCUGGAUGUCAGUGUAUUGGACAAACCGGGCUUUGGACUCGAGUUGAACCCCAAUGCGAGACUGGUUGACGCCACUGGUCUACUGGGCAUGAAGCCCCAGAAGUCUCUGACUCUGCCGACCGAGAAAGAGCCAGUACAGGUGAAUGGGGACCACGGUUCGGCAUAG